GGGUGGAACUUUGGAUCUGAUCAGCAGGGUGACUUUAAAUGCAGCCUUUGAACAGAUACUGGAGAAACAACAGAAAAUAGUAUCUCCACUGCCUUCCCUGCUUCUUGCUUCCCAGUAUUACAACCCAAGUCACCUCCUUCACCUUGAAUGAGGUUUGGUAAUUUGAAAAGCAGCAGGCAAGCCUGGGCUUGCACCUGGCCACUUCAGGCAUGACUGCAGAAGAAAAAUAGACAGUGCGCCUUUUGUGCUCAUGAAAGGGCCCGAGUGGAGGGAAGGAGGAUAGCGCUCCCUGGAAAAUGACACAUCAGCUGACCUGCUCUCAUAGUAGCCCAGGAAGAAAACAUAGCAGGCAAAACACAAGCCCAGCCACAGCACAGCUAACCGGAGAGCUGGUCCCACCACCUGCAUUCAGAGAAGUUGUUGGUGUGAAUUCCCAAGUCUCAGAGAUGUACCUCUAGACUGUAGAGAGAGCUUCUGUGUAAGAGGAUGGUCCAAGGCCUUUGAGACAGAGACAGUACUGUUCCUUAUGCAUCAUGACUUCUGGAAUUACGUCCCACAGCGAUCAAGUCUGGGCUGAGGGCCAGUGUCUUUAUUCAGAGACCUACCUGGCCAAGCUACUAGAGGGGAUGGGGAACCUGCGCUCACAGAAUGCCCUGUGUGAUGUCACGCUGGAGGCGGAGGGAGCCUCCUUCCCUGCCCACAAAGUUAUCCUGGCUUCUGUCAGCAGCUAUUGCAAAAUGCACUUUCUCAGAGAUGCCACCAGCCAAGACGCCAACAUUCAACUGCCAUCAGUCACUGCACGGGGCCUCCAUAACAUUUUGGAUUUCAUUUACUCUAACAAGCUUGAGCUGACCCUCCAGAAUGUUGAGGAGACCUUCAAGGCUGCAGAGGCACUGCUGGUCCGGGAGGUGAUCCUGCUGUGUUUUCGGUUUUUGGAGGAAAGCUUGAAUCAACACACCUGCCUGGAGAUCCUCGACAUUGCAAAAAGGCUUGGCCCAGAAGGGCUGAAGAAGAAAGCCAGAAGCUGCGUGGGCCAGCACUGUCGUCAGAUCCUGACAGAUCUGCUGCAGCUGAAAAGGCUCGAUGGGGAUACUCUACGGGAGAUCUUGGAGGGAGCCAACACAGAGUCCCUCAGUGAACUGGAACUCUUCCAUGCAGCUGCAUGCUGGAUAAACCAUAACAGUACGCACCCGAGAGAUGCGGCUGACAUAAUGAGGCACAUACGGUUUCCCCUUAUCCCUCUACAAGAUCUGCAGAAAGUCAUCUGGGAAACGCCCAUCAUGAAGACUGAGCCGACAUGCCGCCGGUACCUUCAGGAGGCCCUGGUCUAUCACUCCCAGCCGUAUGCUCAGCCUGCCCUCCAGACUGAGCGCACAAAGGUCCGUGGAAGCACAGAUACGCUGCUGGUCCUUGGAGGCAGAACGGCAGACAAUGCAAUCUGUGGAGAAGUAUGGGCUGCCAGUCAGAGUUGCUGUUUGUGGGAAAAGAUAGGGGACCUCUGUAGUCCUGUCUACAACCACUGUGUUGCAGUGAUCCAAAACUUUGUCUUUGUGAUGGGGGGACAAGACAAGUUUGACCCUACAGGACAACAUCCAUCAAAUGAGGUGUUCAGGUUUGACCCCCGUCACAAUUCAUGGCUCCAAACAGCAAGCAUGUUGGAUCGACGGACUCGCUUCCACGCGGAUGUGCUGAAUGACCGUCUUGUGGCCGUUGGGGGAGGAGCACUGCUGGGGACACUCACCGACGCAGCAGAGGAGUAUUGGCCUGCUGAAAAUGAGUGGCGGCCGAUCACACCCUUCCCAGUGCCUGUGGCUGACCACGCAGGAGCAACCCACAAGGGGAUCCUUUACAUUUCAGGUGGCUUCUCCGCUGGCAAAACUUCCCGUGACACAUACAGCUACCUUUCUCGCCUGCGUCGUUGGAUUAGGAACCGGCCGAUGACGUUUGCUAGGUGCGACCAUGGAAUGGCAGCAGUUGAAAACAGAAUCUUUUGUUUUGGAGGAAGGACACUGAACAAUGAGGAGGACUGGAUUCCUAUCAAUGAGGCGGAGUCUUACUGCCCAGUCACUGACCAGUGGACCCUACUCAACCUGUCACCCUUUGACCGCUGCCAAUUUGGCCUUGCUGUGCACCAGUCUCAACUCUACAUCACAGGAGGUGGGUCCCUGCGGCAUAGGAAUAAAGAGGAUGGCAUCUUUGUCUGCAACCCUGGCAGAAAAGUGUGGGAGAAGGCUGGUUCCUUGCCCCAGGCACUAGUGGAUCAUGCCUGCUGCUUUGUUCAGUUGUCUCAUUGGCCUGAGGGCAAGCAGCAGCAGAAGGCAGCAGAGCCUGCAGCCACCAGCAAGAAGAAAUCCACCCUCAGCCUUUUCAUCGCCAACAAGAAUGUUGCUUAGGGAGGAAGACUUUUUUAAAAAAAAUCCAGCAGGAAGUUCUCCUGAAAUAAGCAGUAGCAGCAACCAAA